GUCACAUUUAUUUAAGAACAGAAAAAGCUGCAUAAUACUACAUAUAAAUUUUCUUCAAAAUGGAGUAGUUCAAAAUAUAUGAAAAUGAAUGCCAAUUCCAAAAUAUAACCUAGAUUAUUAUUUAGUUUAUAAACAAUUUAUAUUUGAAGAUGGGACGUAAAAUACCAGGAAGAAAACACCACGGGGUACGAGAUCCCGAAAAGCAACGUGCCCAACGUUUAAGCAAGAUAAAAGAUAAAAUCAACGCACCACCAUCUCAUCCCGACACACAGGAUAUUCCGAAGAGUUUGGCUCGAAUAAUCGAAUUGAAAGAUAAAGUCAAGAGUGGUUUUUAUAAAAAGAAACCUAAAAAACCACAGCAAACAGAGCCAAGUGCUGUUAAUGAAACUGAGCCAAAACGGAAAAAUAAAAAAGUUGUAACAGGGAAAAAUCAAACAACAAAGUUUAUAGAAAAGCCAAUUCCUGAAUUCAAACAACGUCCAGGUGAAACAGAUAAAGCAUUUCUCUAUAGGGUCAGUCGAAUUUGCCAAGAUGUGACUCGUGAGGCUGCCUUUGAAAAUAAAUAUGGUGUGGAUAUUAAAAGAGAUCCUACAACUGGAGAAAUUGAAGUUGUCAAGAGGCCCAAGGAUGAAUUGCAGGUAUUGAUCAAUAAAGCUAAAAAAGAAAAAGGUGACAAGAAAAAAAAGAAGAAAAAGAAAACAGACGAUGGUCCAAAAUUAACAAAAUCCCAGAAAUGGCAAAAGAAAAAGGAUGAGAAAAAGAAAAAGAAUCAAGAGAAAAUUCGGGACUUCGAUGAUUACAAAGAUGAAGUUAAAUUUGGUGAAAUUGCUCAUGCUCCACCAACUUUAGUAGCACCAAGAAAGGUCGAAAAACGGACCUCAGCAGCCAGGCCUGGCAAUAAGGAAUUGCUUUUAAAAUCAAUUCUUCCAGAAAAGAAGAACAAUAGUAAUUCAAAUAAAAAUGAACAGACCAAGAAAAGUGAUUCAAAUAUUUUGAAAAUAAAAAAUAAAACAAUCGAUAGAAAAGGUAAAAGAAAGGAUCUUCCCAAUGCUUUAAGAAGACAGUUAGAUAAACAACAGAAAGAAGUUAUAGAAGCCUACAAAAAGUUAAAGUUGAAAAAGCUUAAUAGUUGAAUUUGAAAAAGGUAUUUUGUUUAUGAUUAACAUUUUUAUGAUUGUUACUUUUAUUUAAAUACAUUUUUAAAUAAA